AUGGACAAGAGGGCCAAGGCUGGGGCCACUGCGCGGACGCCGGCUUCUCGCCCUCCCGGCCUUCCAACCCCCAGGCCCCCAGGGUCUCCUCGACCCCCUCCUCCAGUAACCACCGCAGCCCUCCGAGUUCUAGGAGCAGCGGGGCGAAGGCCCCUGGCAGAGCGAACUGGGGGCAUGGGCGGAGCCACUCUCCCCGAGGCCGCUCCCCGGGUGGGACCAGCGCGGAUCGCCGGGACAGGCCCCCGGAGUCCAGCCUCCAGGCCCCCAGCGGCUGCGAGGGUGGAGAGGGCCCCUGCCAAGGCUCCCGGUCCGGGCUCUAUCUCUAGUCCGGCACAUGCCAGCGGGACUGCCAGGACGGGACCUCCUGGCCAGAAGGGAUUUCGACCCCCGGCUGAGGAGACUGUGGCUAGAGGAAAAGUCCCGGAGGUGCACAGAAGGAGCGGCCCGAGCGCCGGGGCACGGAGAGACUCUUCUAGGCCCAACUCUGGUGCUCCCUCCCCGGCCAUCGCCCGUCGGUCCCGGGUGCCCGAAGUCGAGGGGGGACUCCCCCAGGCAGCUCCGAGUGCCCGGCAGCGGCCCCCAAUCGAGGCCCCCAGGAGAUCAGUGAGCAGCGCCGUGGAGCGCAGCGCUGCUGAGCCGAGCCCAGCUGCCAGGAGGCGGCCUAGCGCCGGCGGUGGCCUCCAGAGGCCGGCCUCACGCCCCCUGGGCUCCAGCACCGCCCCUCUGUCCUCUCCAGUCCGCUCCGGGGCCUCGGCCAGAGGGACACCCCGGGCUCUGGCGCAUCCCUCCCAGUCCAAGUCAAAAGGACUCCAGGCUCUGCGCCCCCCGCAGGCCACACCCCCAAGGAAGGCUGCAGCCCCUGGGCGGGGCCAGUCUCCCUCUUUGGCCAUAUCCUCUCUGCAGGGUCCAGGCACACAGCAGGCACCGCCUCCCCAAAUCACUGCCUCCCGGCUGCCUGCUACGCUCCCAUCUUCUCCACCGACCACACCCCCUCUGCCAGCCAACCUCGGUCUUCAGGCCCUGCCCUCCCCACCAGCCACAUCCCCUCCCAACGACCGGUACAUCCUUUCCGAGGGCCAGCUCCUCUCCCCAGGCCACGCCCACUUUUCUGGCUCCAUUCUCACCAUCAGUUUCACCCCCUCUGCAGAGUAUGCCCCCCACCCAGGCUUCUCUGGCUGUGUCCCCUCUUCCCUCUCCCUUGGCCAUACCUCCUUUGUUGCCUCGUUCGUCACCAGCCACACCCCCUCCACAGGCUUCCAUCUCUCUGGCCACAUUGCCGCUGAACCCGCCCUCUCCUCUAGCCACACCCCCUCUUCCGAGCCUUCCCUCAUCUCUGACCACGCCCCCUACUCUGGCCCCACCUCCCCUGUCUCCACCUCCUCUUCAGGCCACGCCCCCAAAGCAGGACCAUCUUCCUCUGGCCACAUCUCCUCCGCAGGCCUCUCUCUGUUUCCUGACCACGCUCUCUCUGCAGGAUUCUUGUCCUCUAGAGUCUCUUUUGGCCACACCUCUUGUACAGGCCCCACCUUCUCUGGCUUCACAGCCUCUGCAGGUCCCUCCCUCUUCCCUGGCUACGCCCCCUCCACAAGCCACUCCUUCUAUGGCCACGCCCCCUCUGCCGACCCCACCGUCUCUGAUCUCAUCUCUGCAGCUCCCCCCGCCUCACCUCCUCUGCUGCCCCCUCGCCGACCCCCGACCCCGGGUCCCGAUGCCCCGAUCCCGGGCCCACGGCUGACCCUGGCGCUGGCUCCGGCCCCACCGCCACCACCCUCGCGCAGCCCAUCCAGUACGCUGAGCGGCCCGGACUUGGCAGGCCACAGCAGCAGUGCCACCAGCACGCCCGAGGAGCUGCGCGGCUACGACAGCGGGCCUGAGGGCGGCGCCGCGGCCUCCCCGCCCGCCGAAGCGGAGCUCGCCGCCUGCCACCCGGCCGCCUGGAGCCAAAGCCCCGCCCCGCCGCUGACCGUCCGUGGAGCCCCAGGAGCGCCCUUGCCGUGGCCGCCCACUGCCGGGCCCGGCUCCGCUGACGGUCUGUGCACCAUCUACGAGGCUGAAGGGCCUGAGGCGGUGCCCCCAGCUCCCGGCUCUCUGGAUCCUGGGCCCGGCGCGGGCGCUGGGAAGGCGGUGGCUGCGGCGGCGGCGGGGACCGGGGCAACCCCGCGGGGCCCGAAGCCGGCGCGCCUGGGCGAGCUGCCGCUGGGGGCGCUGCAGGCGAGCGUCGUGCAGCACCUGCUGAGCCGGACGCUGCUGCUGGCGGCGGCUGAGGGGGCGACGGGAGGCGGCGGCAGGGAAGCAGGGGGCGCGGGCGGGGGCGGUGGCGCUGGGGGCGCCCGGUCUGCACUCAGCGAUGCCGAGCUGGGCCGCUGGGCCGAGCUGCUGUCUCCACUGGACGAGUCCCGUGCUAGCAUCACCUCGGUCACCAGCUUCUCCCCGGACGACGUGGCCUCCCCGCAGGGUGACUGGACGGUGGUGGAGGUGGAGACCUUUCACUGA